CCUUCCUCCACCACACAUUUCCGGGGCAAUGGGGAAAACCAAGAAUGCCAAUAAGCCGCUGACACAGGAGGAAAUCUGGGACGACUCGGCCCUGGUCCAGAGCUGGGACGAGGCCGUCGAGGAGUACAAACUCUACCACAGCAUCCAGGCCAAAGGGGAGAACGUCGAGGAUGUCCUGAGGGAAGCAGAGGCGGCAGAGAACGCUGGGCUAGUUCAAGAUGACCAGCCCGUCGAUGACACGGCCGACCACAUGGACGCCGACGUCGACGUGCUGGUAGUCGACGCUGCUGCCAGUACGACAGCACCAGUAGGCGCGCACCAGGUUCCACAGGUGGACACGACGCAGACGAUGGGAGGGCCGGAACAGUCUUCUGUGCCGAGUAUCCACGAAACUACUCAAACGGCCGGACCCGGUUCCGUCGCAGCAGCUCCUAUGCCCCAUCCCGCUCUAUCACAGGUUCAAGACGAGGGACUCAAAAACCUCAUGAUGUCCUGGUACUUUGCUGGGUAUUACACGGGUCUCUACGAGGGACAGCAGCGAGCAAACCAGAAUCAGAGUUCAUAGGCGCGUUUGCUUGAAAUCCCUCCGAACAGGUGACAUAAAAAUUCCCCGUAUGAGUUUUGCCACAGAAA